AUGAAAGGCUUAUCCAAUGUCGGGACCCUACGUCCUCAGACGCCCUUUCGUCGCCGUCGCGGCUGCCGCCUCGGUCGUCUGCUCCUUCCAGCUCUUAUCGUGAUAGGCUUCCUCUGGUUUACAUCCUACUACCAUCCACCUCAAUCCAAGUACAUUGUGGAAUUCCACGGAGAUCCGCAGCUCGCUCAAUCUCAAUGGGAUCGACUGGAUGAACAUCUGGCAAAAUGCGAAGAGUACAAUAAGCCAUCGUUAUCUUACUCGUUCCCUGUUUCUGCCAAUCGUAGCAACCCGCGAUGGAACGCUGUUUCUGGCCAGUCCCAGACCACGGUUUUGCGGAACGUAACUCUUUUCGAUGGAGAUAGCAUCUCUUCAGAGCCAGUGGACAUUUGUUUUCAAGAGGGUGUUGUACGAUCUAUUUCAUUGACCAGCUCAAAUGAAAUUGAGAUUGACUCGAACACCAUCGUUCGUCAUUACAAUGGCGAAUUUGUCACACCAGGCCUGGUGGACAUGCAUUCACAUCAUCUGGCCUAUGACUGGCCGAUUCUCAGUGUCUCUGCUGACGAGAACGAAGUCAACCCUGAAACGGGACCAUUGACGCCCAUGGUUCGAUCUCUUGAUUCCUUGAAGCCGUAUGAUAUUGCGACUGCUAUCAUUGCAUCCGGCGGCGUGACUACGUCGCUCAUUCUUCCCGGCUCUGCAAACAUUAUGGGUGGCGAGGCAUUCCCCGUUAAGAACUUGCUCCGAGGCGGGGAGCACGGCGAAGAAGUUGUUGAAGAUUUGCUUCUCGAGCAUGGUAUUCCCAAGGAGGAUCGACGCCGAUAUUUGAAGAUGGCAUGUGGUGAAAAUCCGCGCAGGGUCUACCACCAUACCAGAAUGGGCAAUGCAUGGAAAUUCCGCCAACAUAUGGCUCGCGCAAAAGACUUGCUGGAGAGUCAAGAUGCAUGGUGUGCUGCCGCAACAAUUGCAAGACAAAACAGAGAUGCUUCUGCUGCGGCAAUCUUACUUGCUGAUGGCCCGGCUGGAAAGGGAGGGCUGCCGGAAGAGCUUGAAUUGGACUCGACUAUUGCCAUGCUAAGAGGGAAGAUUAACAUUAAUGUGCACUGCUAUGAGCCAGAGGACUUUGAGGAUAUGCUCCUUCAUAGCGAGGAAUUUGGCUUUCAUAUUCAAGCGUUCCAUCAUGCUUUGAGUGCAUGGAAAGUGCCCGAAUUGAUCAAGAGUAGCGGACAGAAUAUUACUGUGGCGACAUUUGCCGACUUUAGUCUAUACAAAAAGGAAGGGUAUGAAGGCAAUCUGCAGGCCGGUAAAAUUCUGGCUGAGCAUGGCGUACCACUUGCCUUUAAAUCAGACCAUGUCGAGCCCAACACUAAUGCGAGAUAUCUCCUGUCCCAAGCUGCCACUGCGCAUUCGUUUGGUCUUCCGGAAAUUCUUGCUUUACAGUCAGUCACCAGUGUCCCCGCCAGGUCUCUCGAAAUGCAUCACCGUAUCGGCUACACAAAGCCUGGAUAUGAUGCAGAUUUGGUCGUUUGGAACGCCCAUCCAUUGUCAGCUGGCGCAUCGCCGCUGCAGGUAUACAUUGAUGGUAGACCUACACUGGAUGAGAAGACGGGUUAUUCGAAGCCUACAUUGCAAAAACCCAAUAUGCGUGCAGAAGCUGCACCCGGAGACGUUCAAGCUUUUUGCUCGGAUUCAAAGCGAGAUGUAACUGUGCUCAUUACAGGCAUUAGCACUUCUUACUUGGAAAAUGCACAUGCCAAGCACUCUUCACAAGGAAACUUGACAAUGGUUCUUACAAAUGGCAAAAUUGAUUGUCUUGGAGAACACAACGAAUGUGUCUCGACAAAAUCAUUUGAUAAAGUGAUCUCUCUCCGCAAUGGACACGUCCUCCCCGGGUUGACCACUGUAUCCAGUGGCUUAGGCAUCAUCGAAAUAGAAUCAGAGAAGAGCACAUCUGACGGAGUCGGUAAUUCCAAUGCUAACAUAUACGACCCCGAAUCAGCCGUGUACGCCAAAUACGGCAUUCAUUUUGAAGGUAAGGCCUUUGAGCGGGCCCGAAUUGGCGGUGUCACUCGUUCGAUUACAUAUCCGUACGCCAAUGGGUUUUUGAGGGGUGUCAGCACUGGGUUCAAGAUAGCUGAGGGUAGUAAUCCUCUAAAUGGCGGGAUAUUCAAGGAUGAUGCAGCUUUACAUUUUGUAGUCGGACAGGAAGCGAAGGGCUCGUCUCAAACCCCGACGGUAUCUAAGUCCGUUGCUGCUCUGCGAAAAAUUCUGUCAGAAAACAAAGGCAAGGAUACAUUAUACGGAAAGGCUGCGGAUGGCAAGAUCACAGUUGUCGUUCAUACUGAGAACAAGUACGAUAUUCUUCAAAUCGUCAAAAUCAAGAAAGAUUAUCCCAAGGCCAAAUUGGUGGUGUAUGGUGCUGCCGAGGCACCAAGUGUCGCCAAUGAAAUCGCCGCGGCUGGUCUCCCUCUCAUUUUCACCGCCGCUCACUCUGCGCCAGUGAGAUGGGAGAGCAAGGAUCUCCUCGUUGGUCCACCAUUGACAAUCUCCCCGGUGCAGGUUCUUAAGGAGUCAAAUGUCACCUUUGCACUUGCAAUGCUUCCUGAAUUCGACUGGCAUCUCGCAAACCUCCCCAUUGAAGCAGCCGCCAUUGGCAAAGAGGCUGGUCUCGGAGAAAAGGAAGUUGUAGAUUUAUUCUCAAGCAAGAUUGAUGAUAUUCUUGGCUUUGAAGGUGCAGAGAGAAACUCUGACUUUGUGGUUUGGGAAGGCAAUCCAUUGGAGUAUGGAGCUAAUGUGGUCUUGACGGUUGAUGGUGAAGCCGUAGCCAUUGUUGGAUGCUGGCCUGAAGCACAAUGA